UCCCUUACAUUUCAACCAAGACCCGCUUUUCAAUUCAUCCCAGAAGGAUCGGAAAGGGGCAUUACGUUGUGUUUACGAUUGAUUCACUGUAUUUGUUUUAGCUUUCACCACCACCACUCACCCAUACCGUAAAUCCCCCAGCUCCGCUGUCUUGGGGAAGAACGCGACCUCGCGACAACUAGAGUUUUUUUUCAGCACUUUUCGUUCCGUUACUAUCCGACAAAAUGUCUCACGAGGAGGAUCUCAUUGACUACUCCGAUGAGGAGCUUCAGACCACUGAUGCCGCAGCUACCACUGCUGCUCCCGCCGCAAAUGGCGACUCCGCCAAAACGGGCGACCUUACGGUUUCUGGUGGCCGUACGGACAAGAAGGGAAGCUACGUCGGUAUUCACUCGACCGGUUUCCGCGACUUUUUGCUGAAGGGAGAACUUCUACGUGCCAUCACCGAUUGCGGUUUCGAACAUCCAUCGGAGGUCCAGCAAGUUUGCAUUCCGACCGCCAUUCUCAAUGUCGAUGUUCUUUGCCAGGCAAAGUCUGGUCUCGGAAAAACCGCCGUCUUCGUCUUGACCACCCUUCACCAGCUGGAGCCUGUCCCCGGAGAGUGCUCUGUCUUGGUUAUGUGCCACACCCGUGAGUUGGCCUACCAGAUUAAGAACGAAUAUGCUCGUUUCAGCAAGUACCUUCCCGACGUGAAGACUGCCGUCUUCUACGGAGGUACGCCCAUUCAGAAGGACGUCGAAGUGCUAUCCAACAAAGAAUCAUACCCCAACAUUGUCGUCGGUACUCCUGGUCGACUGAACGCCCUUGUUCGCGAGAAGAAGCUUUCUUUGCGUAAUGUCAAGGCAUUUGUUCUUGACGAGUGUGACAAGAUGCUCGACCAGAUCGACAUGCGCCGCGAUGUUCAGGAGAUCUUCCGUGCUACCCCCGCCGACAAGCAAGUUAUGAUGUUCAGCGCCACUCUCUCCCAGGAGAUCAGACCCGUUUGCAAGAAGUUCAUGAGGAACCCGCUUGAAGUUUACGUGGACGACGACACCAAACUCACCCUCCACGGUCUGCAGCAAUACUACAUCAAGCUUAGCGAAGCGGAAAAGAACCGGAAACUGAACGAACUCCUGGAUAGCCUUGAGUUCAACCAGGUGAUUAUCUUCGUCAAGAGCACACUCCGUGCAAAUGAGCUGGACAAGCUCUUGCGCGAGUGUAACUUCCCGAGUAUCGCGGUCCACUCUGGUGUGAGCCAGGAGGAGCGUAUCAAACGCUACAAGGAAUUCAAGGAGUUCAACAAGCGUAUCUGUGUUGCUACUGAUGUCUUUGGACGUGGUAUCGAUAUUGAGCGUAUCAACCUUGCUAUCAACUACGACUUGCCUGCGGACGCCGACUCUUACCUGCACCGUGUUGGUCGUGCCGGUCGUUUUGGUACCAAGGGUCUCUCGAUCUCGUUCGUUAGCAACGAGGAGGACGAGAAGGUCCUCAAGGAUAUUGAGAAGCGUUUCGAAGUUGCUCUUCCUGAAUACCCCGAGGGUGGCGUUGACUCCAGCACGUACAUGGCAUAAAUGGCCGGACUGUCAAUACACCGUGCCUGGUGCGAUUCGAUAUUUUGUCAUUUUCUAACUUGAUUCCUUUUUCUUUACUUGUUUGAUCUUUUGGCGCGAUGGUUCGGUUGUGAUUUUGUUUCCGUCAAGUGUCUUUUGCUGCUUCUCCAUGAGGCACUGGUCGGCAGGAUGGGAAAGGGUGGGGGAAAAGCAUACUCAGUCAUGUUUAAUCACUAGGAGCCUUAGAUGACAUUUAGGGUGGUGCCAGUGCCUCUGCUAGGGCGUCAACUGUAUUAUCUAUAAAUCUCAAAUGCUGUUGUUUCCCGGGUCAA